GAUGGUCCCAAAAACUGGUACCAGUUGUCAUCCGAUUUCAGCCUGUGCGCCGGCCUCAAGCAGUCUCCCAUCGAUCUGAAGACUUUGGAAUCUCAAUACAAUAGGAACAUUGGUGAUUUCGUUUUCUCGUCGGCGUACCGAAAUUCACUAAACGAUGUAUCAGAGUUGGAACUGCUGAACAAUGGCCACACGUUCAACCUGGACAUAAAGUACAACCCGGGUGUAGCAAUCGCCAAUCAACCAACAAUGAAUGGAGGUGGUCUGCCGGGGACCUACCUACUCGCGGGGGUUCAUGGGCAGUGGGGUAGUGAUGACAGCAGGGGCUCCGAACAUACAUUUAAGAGCAGGCAGUAUCCUCUUGAACUACACCUCAUUCAUUACAAUACAAAAUACAAAAGCUUGAACGAAGCAAUGGCGCAUGCUGAUGGUUUAGCUGUCCUCGCUGUCCUAUGCCAAGUUUUCAGCUCAACCAUUGGAGAAAUUCUCAGACUUGUCGGUUCCGUCAAAGAAUCAGGUCGGUCCGUUCAGGUUAAAAUAAAGCCAUUUCUUCUACUGCCUCAAGAGAAAGGGUCGUUCUUCAGAUACCCUGGUAGCCUUACUACUCCUCCCUGCUCUGAAAUUGUCAAUUGGACCGUCUUUAGAAACUUUGCUGAAGUUAAAAGAAAUGAAGUCAGUACAUUUUGCUGUUACUAUCAUUUUUUAAAUAAUUCAAUUCAUUCUAAUUAA